UUACAUCGUCCCUCCUUUAGGGCUUUAUGCAAAUGCUACAACAGCCCAGUGUCUCCUCGCUUCUCCUGGCGCUCAAGGAAUGCGGCAGCGCGCGGGAUCUCCUGCGGGGAAGGAUCGUCCACGGCGAUGCGAUCCAAUCCGGCCUCGCGGCGGACAUCUUCGUCGCCACGACGCUGGUAAGCAUGUACUCCAAAUGCGGCAGCAUGGCCGACGCGCGCAAGGUCUUCGACGCCAUGCCCAGCCGGAAUCUGGUCUCCUGGACCGCUCUCAUGCUGGGAUACGCGCAGAACGGGGAACCCGAGCUCGCGCUGGGACUGUUCCAGCAGCUCCAGCACUGUGCCACUUCGCUGGAUCGAUCGACUCUCCUAGCGGCGCUUACGGCCUGCCGGAAUCUGGCUGCCAAGGGACAGGAAUGCGAGAGCUUGAGAAGGAGCUGCUUAGAGAAGGGGGCGGACAUCCAUUGUCUUGCUGCGAAGAAUGGAUUGGAAGAAGAUAUCUUCGUGGCGAGUAGCUUGGUGGAUAUGUACGUCAAGUGUGGGAGCUUGGUGGAUGCUCUUCGGGUUUUCCGCGGGAUUCCACGCAACAAUGUGGUCUCGUGGACUGCCAUGGUUUUCGGCUACGUGCAAAACGGGGAGUUCGCGACUGGAUUGGCGCUCUUUGCUCGGAUGCAGCUGGAAGGCUGUGAUCCGGGAGAUCAAACUUUUGUCGCUGCGAUCAAGGCGUGCAGUGGCUUGGCAGCGAAAGAAGAAGGCCGAAAGAGAUAUGGUUGCAAGGUGGUCGUGAAGGAAAAAUCGUUGGAGAAAGGAAGAGUGAUCCACUCUCAGGCAGCCAACUGCGGAUGCGACCAAUUCGUUACGAGUAGCCUGGUGGAGAUGUAUCUCAAGUGCGGGAGUGUGGUGGAUGCUCGUCGAGUCUUUGACGGGAUUCCACGUAAGAAUGUGGUGUCUUGGACGACGCUCAUCCUAGGAUACGUCCAGGUCGGGAGACCAAUGGUAGCUUUGGAACUUUUUGCGUUGAUGCAGCAGGAAGGUUGCUCUCCGGAUGCUAAGACCUUCGUUGUUGCCUUGCAGGCCUGCGCGAGCUUGGCAGCUAUGGAAGAUGAGGACGAAGGCAAGACGAAGAAGAGCUCGAAGUCAUUGCUGCUGAGAAAAGGUACGAGCAUUCAUUUUCAAGCUGUUCAAGCGGGUUUUAGUUCUGAUGUUUUCUUGGGCAGCAGCUUGAUCAACAUGUACGCGAAGUGUGGAAGUAUCUUGCGUGCUCAGGAGGUGUUUGACCUGAUGAAGUUUCAUGACGUUGUUUCUUGGACAACGUUGAUCCUCGGGUACGCUCAGAACGGAGAAGGUGAGCAUGCGUUACUUCUCUUUCAAAUAGCUCUUGACAAGAACUUGGUAAACUCUCAGAGCUUCGUUGCAGCUCUGAAGGCAUGCACGAGUCCGCUGGAAGGGCUGGAGGACGCUGACGGGAAGCUGCUUAAACUCGAGAGAGGAAUGGCCGUCCACUCCGAGGCCGCUCGAAGAGGCUACGAGCCGGACAUCUUUGUGGCGAGCACACUAGUCGACUUUUACGCAAUGUGUGGAAGCCUGGAGGAUGCUAGCCGUGUCUUCAACCGGAUGGAGAAACACAACUCGGUAACUUGGAAGGCAAUGCUACAGGCUUGCGUCCACAACGGAGAAGCAGAGACGGCACUACACUUGUUCGCGUGCAUGAACUUGGAAGGCUUCGUGCCGGACAGCGGGGCAUUCAGUGUGGCUCUGAAGGCCUGCUCGAGCACCGGAGCACUGGAAGUGGGACGAAGUCUACACAGGGAACUUCGGAUUUCUGGCCUGAUGGACGACACAAUGGUGGCGAACUGCCUGUUGGACUUCUACGGCAAGUGUGGCAGCAUGGUGGAAGCUCAGGAGGUAUUCAACUCGAUUUCUUCCAGAGAUGUGAUAUCUUGGACUUCGCUGAUUGCAGGAUACAGUCAAAGAGGCGAGAUCGACAGAGUUUUCUGCCUGCUCCGCGACAUGAGAGACGAUGGCUUGGAUCCAAACAAAGUGACGCUCCUGGCAGUCUUAAGCGCGUGCAGUCAUGCCGGCCUGGUUGACAGAGGUAAGGAGUUUUUCUUUUCCAUGGGCUCCAAGUAUGGGCUAGCUCCAGAGCUUGAGCAUUACCACUGUGUGAUAGAUAUGCUGGGAAGAGCCAACCAGCUCGAGGAGGCAGUGGCGAUGGUGAAGUCGAUGCCUCACAAAGCCAACGUGGUUACAUGGACGAUUGUACUGACCGCCUGCCGGAAGUGGAAGAACGUAGAGGCACACAGCGGCUCAUGACUUGAUGGCUAACAUUUUAGAGAAUACCCAAGACAAUGCUGCUGGGUUCUAGAUCUGGAAGAACCCAGCGUUUUUCUGUUUAGAUCUAUAACUUGGGUAUAUGGAAACUUUCUCUUGCUUC